AUGACGAUUGCAGUUGAUGCUGAUUUUGCUGAGAGUAAGGGGAACCGUGUGGUCGGAGAAGGAAGUAAGUCGCCGGAGUUGUAUGUCGAAACGUUGAAUGGGGAGGUCGGUGAUGGGAUGAAAAUUCAAGAGGGGAUAGAAUAUAAUCACAUGGAUGUAGGGGAUAAUGGGCAGGAGCAUAUGAGUGAGAAGGUAAUGAUAGAAGGUGGGACAGGUCAGGAACAAACAGUCUAUGCUAAUUGUGCGGAAGCGGACUCUGUGGCUAAUAUAUCUCAAAUUUUGGAGGAAAAUCAAAAGGGUCAAAAUGGUCUUGGGUCCGGAUCAUCAGAUAUCCAAGUUAGCCUUACAAUGGGCUUAUCACGAGUCAACCAAGAGUGGGCCAAAUCUAAUUGCAAUGGCCAAACUUUGAUGGCCCAACCUACACUAGUAUUAGAGAAGCAAACUAAAAAUGGGUUAAAUGUAGAUUCAGAUCAAAUGCGUAAAGAACUGGUUGAGAAGGGGCCAGAUAAAGGAAAGGGGAUUUUAUUUGAGAAAAAAGAAAGAAAGGGGUCUUUGAAGUCUUGGAAGCGAAGGGCAAGGUUGCAAAGUGGUUCAACAAUAGAGCUGUCUACAGUCAAGAAUGGCAUCAAGCGAAAGACGACGACUUCUUCUACAUUGUUGGAGGAGGAAGUACAGUCGGUGCCGAAGAAGAGGGGGUCAACUGUCCAGGUAUGUUCGGAAAAUGGAGUUUCUCUAUUUGAUUGUUUAAUGGCAGGUUCUGGGUUCCAAACUUGUCGAUCAUUAUAA